AUGUUUCCGGAGAACAUUGUCGCCGCUACAUUCCAACAAGCGCAAACGAAGUACAUUACUGUACGGCCGAAAAUCUUGAAAGUGAACGAUACAUUGCAUCUGGAGAUGCUCAACAAUGGCACACUAGAUUACGUAAAAGCCGCACUUGAGUACAAUGACGGUAUCAACGUGUUAGGUAUUAUCGUUUUCUGCAUUGCUUUGGGCAUUUCUUUGUCACAACUUGGAGCUGAAGCUGAUGUGAUGAUCCAGUUCUUUGCAAUCAUGGAUAAAGUCAUCAUGAAGCUCGUGAUGACUGUCAUGUGGUACUCACCUUUCGGUAUCAUGUGUUUGAUUAUGGGCAAAAUCCUUGAGAUCCAAGACCUUGCCGACACAGCUCGAAUGUUGGCAAUGUAUAUGGUUACGGUUCUAACCGGAUUAGCUGUACACUCGCUUAUUUCUCUUCCCCUCAUAUUCUUCCUAACUACUCACAAAAACCCUUUCACGUUUAUGCGAGGUCUACUUCAAGCAUGGAUCACGGCUCUUGGAACAGCGUCUAGCUCUGCUACUUUACCCAUCACCUACAAUUGCUUGGAGGAGAACCUCGGAGUUGAUCGACGGGUGACGCGAUUCGUUCUGCCCGUGGGAGCAACUAUCAACAUGGAUGGAACAGCGCUGUACGAAGCGGUUGCGGCCAUCUUCAUCGCUCAAAUGAAUGGAGUUAAUUUGUCAUUUGGACAAGUCGUUACCGUCAGUCUCACUGCCACUUUGGCUUCUAUUGGUGCAGCAUCGGUGCCCUCUGCCGGUCUGGUCACAAUGCUACUCGUGCUCACAGCUGUCGGACUUCCUGUGAAGGACGUCUCACUGAUUGUUGCUGUUGAUUGGUUAUUAGAUCGUAUUCGCACUUCUAUCAACGUGCUUGGAGAUGCAUUCGGUGCUGGAAUAGUUUAUCACUACGUUAAAGAAGAUCUCAUCGCUCAUGAUCGUGUUCAUCCGAUGCGUACAUUGUCAUUGGCGACGCCAGCAGGUUUUGUCGCUGUUGCGAACAGAGGCGACGAUGAGUUGCCCGAGGAGAAGCAGCCACUCCAUGGUGUCUAUACCAGUGUGCCGGUGGACGAAAAACGACGCUAA